GCCAAUCACCAACUGGAUGGGCAGAGGGUCUUUCGUCACCGGCGACUCGGGCUCCAACUGGUGUUCGUGUGAAAACACCCACUCCAUAAGGUAGUUGUAGAGCUUGUAUCUGAGGUAUAUGCUCUUGCCUCCCCUAGCUGCUGGUGUUUGAUUUUGCAUCUGCUCGUCGCCAGGUUCCAGGGAGCAUCUUUGCAUGGUAUCCCGGGCCAAGGGCCACCCGGCUUGAAAUAUGGCUGCCACCAGCGUCGGCCGAACCUGUCUUUACCGGCGAUCGUUCGUCCUCCUGGAAGCAUACCCUUUCCAGUCUACGGCUUGUCGCACCUCAUAUGGCCGCAUCUUGUUGCAGCAGAGGAGGAACUUCCGAACUACUCAGCGCAGAUGGAAAGCACAGAGAGGAGAUCAGAAAGAAAGCUUUGCGGCGCGACUAGGGAAAGCAUGGAGGGAGACAAAGAUCGAAUGGAAGCCAAUCCCCAUUGGUCUGGGAAUCGGGUUCCUGGGCUUGCUACAGUUUAUGCGCAUCCGCGCAAGAGAAGGUGGUGCACAGGAGGGUUCUUCUGAGACGGAUGGAGGCCGGCCACCAAAACGACAAAGGAUCUAUCCCAGCGGCGGUGGUUGGCAGGUGCAAAUAAUGUCCACAUUGCCGUUGAAGGCCAUCUCCAGGUUAUGGGGACGCUUCAAUGAGCUGACAAUACCAUAUUAUCUUCGUGUUCCGGGGUUCAAGCUGUACGGUUGGAUCUUUGGCGUCAACUUCAGCGAGAUUGGCGAGCCCGACCUUCACGCCUACCCCAACCUCGCUUCCUUUUUCUAUCGUGAGCUGAAACCCGGCAUUCGGCCAAUCGAUCCAAAUCCCAACGCCGUUGUGUCUCCGGCCGAUGCAACAGUGUUGCAGUUUGGGACCAUAGAGAAUGGCGAAGUUGAACAGGUCAAAGGCAUGACCUACAGCGUGGACGCCCUUCUGGGGAAAAUCGCCCCUACCUCGCCAAAUCCCCAAGCUCCUUCAAAUAUCUUCGGCUCUUCCAAGGAAAAGAUGACGCGUGCGUCAGAUGACCCAGAAGCCAAAUCAGUGUCAGCCGAGGAAGAAUUCGCCAAUGUCAACGGGAUUUCGUAUACUUUGCCGGACUUGUUGGCUGGCUCGGAACAUUCUCCCCAUUCCCAAACACAGGACGCAUCUACAAAAUCCAAACCCGCAUCCGAAGCGGCAGUAUCUGCAGAUCUCGCAUCAACGCAGCCUUGGUGGUCGCCUUUCUCUUCUCCUACCACAGACAAAAAGCUUUACUAUUGUGUGGUAUACCUGGCUCCCGGAGACUAUCAUCGCUUCCAUUCUCCUGUCAGCUGGGUCUGCAGUGCACGUCGACAUUUUGCCGGCGAAUUGUACUCUGUUUCACCUUACGUACAGCGCAUGCUACCAGGACUUUUUACCCUCAAUGAACGGGUGGUGCUCCUAGGCCGAUGGAAGUAUGGCUUCUUCAGCAUGACCCCGGUCGGUGCAACCAAUGUCGGCUCUAUUGUGAUCAACUUUGACAAGGAACUUCGCACAAACUCUCUGACGACAGACACUGAAGCUGACCGUCAAGCUGCCGCAGCUGCAGCGAGGGGCGAGCCUUAUGCCGGCUAUAGUGAAGCUACCUACGAAAACGCGAGCAAAAUCUUGGGUGGACAUGCGCUCAGGAGAGGCGAAGAGAUGGGAGGCUUCAAACUUGGUUCUAGUAUUGUCCUCGUGUUUGAGGCUCCUGCCGGUCAUAGAAAGAAGAUUUCUGCCAACGGCGAUGGGAGAGAAGAAGUGGCAGGCGGCUUCAAGUGGCUUAUCGAGAGAAACCAGAAGGUCAAGGUUGGUCAAGCUUUGGGCUAUGUAGCCGAUGAGGAGUGACACCAAUCGUAAUGUUUGAUUGUAUAUUACCUACUUUUGCGUGGUACCACUAUGUUGAUGUCGCCCGAAUAACAACUCUGCUACUUCUACAAUUUAUUGCUCUGAGGCCUACUACGCAUACCGAUUCACUUCAAUUCUUGAUAUCGAAGCGUGUAUCAGCAUCAUCCGCUUGGCCUCUCGUAGUAUCCGGGAUGCACUCUGCAAGCAAGAAGCGGAAAUUCUAGUUAGAAAUGGAUUGACUACCAACGCGUACAAACUGUCUUCAGGGCAACCGCCCGGCGCCCUGUGCCACUCACAUGGUGGCGGCGGCCCAGACCAAAACACCAACACACGCCAGCAACCCAACCACAACCACCAACAAGCCCACCCGCUCAACUGCUCGGGCCAGUUGAGCGUCCACUGGGUGGACUUGGGCGACAACACCGUCCUCCCGCCCCGAGAGCCACCUCGUCAACUCCGCCAUUGCCCCACUGGACAAGGCGCCCCCUUUGCCCAUGUCAUGGGCCAACACGAACCCACCGACCACGAAUGUGGCCAUGCAGACCACCAACAGCACCUUUCCAGCCUGGCGCUGGAUGUCGACGGAGCGAGCCUUGACGCCAGCGGCGCCGUUGACCAGGGCGGCAUGACUGAACUCGGUUCUGUCGUGGACAGAACACCACGCCUUCUCCAACCACCCCCCGGGCACCCGCAGCCGGAGGCUUUCGGGCACCCGGGGCACGCCGAGCCGCUCCGCAGUUAGCGGGAAAGUUGGGCAGUGAUUGCUUGCCGUCGGGAUCAAAAAAGAGGUGGAGGAGGCGGCGGCGCUGAAAGGCCCAUCAAAGAUACGUUGGACUGCUUCAGCUGAAGUGCUCGGUAAAGCUGAAAUCGAGAGGCGAUUCUCAUGAGUGCUCCGUUCGAAAUCUGGAAGAAUGCCCAAGGCUGGAGGAAACAAGGAGCUGGAAGCAAGAGCACUUGCUGUAUCUCGAGGGAACAAAGAGCUCGAUGCAACUCCUGAAGGUCGUUGAAAGGUGAGCUGGGCAGAAGAGGCUGUCGCCGAAGGGUUCGGGCUGGACAGAGACUGCACUGGGCGAGGCUGCUGGCACUGCUCAAGACCGUGAGUAGCACGGGCAGUGCGGCUCAUCAUCAAUCUGGUUG